AUUGCGCAAAUGUUGUGAAAGUACACAUUCGGAUCGAUCGCGAUUAUCUUUUGCAGUUUUAUUUGUUCGCUAUCGCUACAUCAUCAACUUGCGAGUCAUCACUUGCGUCAUAUCAGAAUGCGUUUUCUUGAUAAUGAUGACGUUGUAAUGAUGACGUAUAAUAAACUCUGCGUUGCAACGUAUUUCUCAGAUAAUGAUACUACCAACGAUAUUCGCACAAUGAUUGUACAAUUUCGUGAUAAAAGUCUGUCGAUUAUUACAGUCAUGUAGCGAAGUAACCGGCACAUUAUAAUUAGCUUUCGGGCCAGAAAUAAAACAGAACGCACUGAAAUGGUGAUUGAUACAGCGAGCAUAAUUAAAUAAAUUAAAAUUAAAAUUUUAUCAAGGGCUCAACGGAUUAAGAAAUCAAAUAAAGGCAAUAGAGAUUACGAGCUGAGCUAUGUUUUUAUGCUACAAUUUAAUGCUAAGACUAGUGUUGAUUGUACUACAGGGAAUAAUUAUUUAAAUAUAGUGAUGGCAAUAUCUCUGAGUGGCUCCACCUAAUGAGAGGUCAUUUUUUUCAACAAUUUCUGAAGCUUUCGACAUUUUUGGACAUAUUGUAAGAUACAUUAAUAGGGAAACGCGUUAACAAGAAGAAAAAUACGAAAGACGAACUAGCGUUACUUGAUAAGUCAGUGUAUAUAAAUAAUUUAAUAUAAUAUUUACAUAACUUCGAUAACAGUUUAUAAAUUACAACUGAGAUUGUGGAGAAUUUUGUUAGCAAAGUUAUAAUAGAUAUUAAGUCAUUGAUAUAUCAAUAAUGUAUCUCUCAAAUGAUUCCAGCUUCUGUCGUAUUCUUCUUCUUUGUUAAUGCGUUUUCGAACAGCUUUGCCUUAACUGUGUCACUAAAUGUGUCACUAUAUAUAUAAUGCAAAAUAUCUGACAAUGAGUAUCUACUAAAUUCGCUGGUGUAAAUAUUUUUAUGGCUAUAUGUUUAGGCUUCGAGCUAUGUUAUAUCAAUUGGUCACGUCAUAUGUAUUUUAGAUUUUAGUCGAUAAAUGUUAUUUAUGUUAUAGAUGAUGUAAUAUCUGUACAUGUGUUUUAGAAAAUGUUAAAGGACAACUUUUGGAUGUCUUAAGACAUGCGUCUUUUAGACGUGCGUGUUGUCUGAAAAAGAUUCGUUGUAUACGUGAAAAAGGUGAUCAUAUAAGAAUAGGAGCAUUAGUAUUGAAUACUGAUCGAUUGCGAAGAGAGAACGCGAGUUGCAAGGAUGACUAGCGAUAUUUAAUUGACGCUUGAAUACAAAGUGAAGGAGCACUUGCUAAUUUCUCGAAUAUUGCUAUAAUUGGCGACUCACGAUCGCAAUCUCGGCGAGUCUCGGGAUUGUAUCUACGAAAAUUUUCUUCAAAGUCAGAGGAUGUCACGAUCGUCGCGAUUGGUUGGGGUCGUUCGCUUUUAUCAAAUGUUAUUAAACCGAAUCGUCGGCAUCGCGCGAAAACUUACAUCAUAUUGAGAAGUAAUCCAGUGAUAGAGUCAUAUUAGCACAUUAGUGUAUGAGUUCGCGUUAUCGCACCGACUCUUAUAUACAUCAUAGCCGAUAGCGUAUAUAAAUGCGGCGAUUGCUAUAUCAUCGCGACAGUUUUCAUUUACGUGUAUAGUGUGCGGUUUUCGUAUUAAUAUUCAGUGUCGAACGAGAGCUGUACGGUUUCGUCGUCGUUGAAUUGAAGUACAAUUUAUACCGCGUUGGUUCCAUAGUUCUAUCGUAAGGUCUCAUUCCCUCGCGAUGGUGGAUUCCGUGUUUCGUACCCGUUCCCUCGGUACGGCAGCCGAGGGUGUCAGGGAUCAGUACGCGGAUGGCAAAGCGGCAAAGGUCUGGGAGGUUUUCAUCGGCGACAAGAAACAACGUACGCAAAACUAUCGGGACUUCCUGGUAGGGCUACUGCGGCAGAAGGGAUGUCAUCGAAUAUUGGAUGUCGCCUGCGGUACCGGCGUCGACUCCGUGAUGCUGCUGGAAGAGGGUUUCGAAGUCGUCAGCGUCGAUGCAUCUGACAAAAUGCUCAAGUACGCGCUAAAAUCCAGAUGGGAUCGUAGAAAGGAGCCUGCCUUUGACAACUGGGUGAUCGAAGAAGCGAAUUGGCUAACUCUACCCAGCGAUAUUAACCAUCUCAUUGGAGAAGGCUUCGAUGCCGUUAUAUGUUUGGGAAACAGUUUCGCUCACAUGCCCGAUUCUUUCGGUGAUCAGAGAGAGCAGAGACGAGCUUUGGCGAAUUUCAAACGUUGUGUAAAGCCGGGAGGCUUAUUGCUCAUCGAUCACAGGAAUUACGAUUACAUCAUCAACACCGGUCAAACUCCUUCAAAAUGCAUAUAUUAUAAUAGUCAGCGUAUGACGGACAUCAAGACAUCAGUGCUUUUUGUUUCCGGAAAACCAAAGAUUGUUAUUAUGGAUUAUAUGAUCGCUCUGGAUGAGGAAGACAAUGACAAUCCCGAAUAUAUUAGCGAAUUCAGGCUGUCAUAUUAUCCUCAUAGAUUGACAAUUUUCCGCGACAUGCUAACCGAGACAUUCAGCCACGGGGCGAAACACACCAUUUACGGUGACUUUAAACCGCUCAAUCAGGUCGACCAACCCGGGUUUUACAUCCACGUACUGGAGAAGCAACGUUAAAGUGAGACAUCGAUAUAGACAGUCACUGUAACUACGUGCUUUUGUUUUUAAAUGAUAUCAUCAGUUUUUCGGAACAAACGUUUCGCAUACAGAAUGAUAUUCGACGUAGAAUGUGUUGAAUCAAUUAGGUUCAUGAAAUCACGAGAAUUUCGCGCGCCGCGCAUGAAUCUUGAACAAGUGAAUAAGUUUCACGAUUCUAGAAAAUAUAAUGUAGAGAAUGCAGAUUAUUUUGAAAAAGCUCCCGUUUUAAGAUUCAGAAAGUUUCUGAAACUUAAUCGUCAAUGAGAGAAUUUCUCGGAGGAAAUUGCAACUUUGUUAUUCGCUUGCCUUUUAGAUGUAUUCUUGUUUAAAUUCAUUCAAAAAACACUGUUCAUUUCGUAAACAAUACUCAUUUUUCUUAGAGGCAUUUCUAAUGAAAGCGAAUAAUUGAAUUGUGUAUUUGUCUCGAAUGCUCUCUCUGUGUUAGCUUUGUUAAUAAUGUUUUCACUAGUAACUUCACCAGUUUUCACUUAUUUAUAAGGACAAUAAUAAUUAACACGACAAUAAUAAUUAGCAAUAAGAAUUAACACGAAAAAAACUGAAACACAUAUUACAAAGAAAAAUGGUUAAUACUCUUUGUGUUUGAUAUCGAAGUAAAUAUUACAUUUUGUUCGUGGUUAAUCACGAUCACCAUUCGAA